GUCAGGGUGUGCGACUCGACUCAUGCUCAAAGUUGUGUUUAUCCAUGAAGUUAUAUAGCAAAUAAGAAGCUGUUUUAGUUCUUUUAUUUGAAUGUCGAAGGGAAGUGUGAGUUGCAUUUUAAGGGCUAAUGAUCUGUAGAUGUUUAUCUUUAAGGAACUGCUGGCAUUUGGAAACAGCAACGUUAGCUGGCUAGUCUCAUUGGCAGGUCAUUGAUUCGUGUAUCUAACAGCAUGUGACAGUUUUGUGGUCCGUUGGUUUUAGAAAUAAGUGUUUUUGUAUAUGGCGUGUAAGUUAAGGAUUAUUACAGGUUUAUCAAGUCAGUGAAUGUGAAACGUAAUGAUAAAUAAUCUACAGUAAAUCCUGACAAGCCCAGAGGUUUAACAUGGGCUCCACCUUCAUAUUAAAAGUCAGAAUAAGCCUGAAACCCUUGAAGCCCUUCUUUCGCCAGGGAAGUUCAGCUUUCUUCACACCUAAUACUUCUCUGUGCAAGUCGUCUCAGCUGCCUCUUUCUGCACGCUUUCUGUGCACCAGAGACUCUAACCCCAGCCCAGGCAGCAGAGAGAUGGACAGAAGGAACAGGGGGGGAAUAAGAAAUGGCACCAUUAGACGCAGGGAAGAGGAAAUGUGGGAGGGUGCUGUGAAGGGAAGUGGUAAGAGCUCCACACUUCGACAGAAGCCUUCCUUCCCCAAAUCUGUGUUUGCUGCUGGGACGGCAAAGAGGACGGCAGAGAUGCUGAAGAGGAAAGCAGCUCUGGGCGGUCAGGAUGAAGAGGAUCCUGAAGGAAGGACAGCUAGAGCAGCAGGGAAAGUGCAGCCUCCCGACCGGCCACUCUCUGCUGCUGAGUGGAGGCAGCUGAAGGAGUCUCUGGGAAAUUCGCAACGCUUUGAGAUCCAGAUGAUGUGUGCGCUGUUUGCCUAUGGCGCAGAGCUGGAUAUCGCCAAGUCCCUGCUGUCUUUUGUAGCAAUGGAAACAGGGACCCUGUCUUAUGAGCUGUUAUUACGGUACCUGACGCUGUGUGUGAGCGGCGGCCAUGACGCCGAGGUGUUUGAUGUCUAUGACAUUAUGCGGGGAAGUUUCCCUUCUCUGGAGACGGGAGCCUCCAGCCUCUUUAUCAAGUCCUUCAGUCGGACGGCGAGGUGGAGGGAGGCUGUCAGCAUCCUGCAUGAGGUUAAGAAGGUCUUUACCCCUUCCUCACGCAACUAUGGUUAUGUCAUCUCAGCAGCGAUGUUACAUGGUGACACGACCACUGCCUGGGCUCUUUAUGAUGAAUUAAUUGAAAAGGGACUGAGCCCACACCAGGAGACCUGGGAAGCUCUGUUUAAGGGAGUGGGAGAGACUAAGGAGGGAAAAGGGAAGCGGGCAGAGGCCAUGUCUCAGUCUGAGCACCAGGAGAGGCUACUGGGGAUUCUGCUCUACAUGAGGAACAACCAGAUCUACCCCCAACACAGCCUCACCAGCAGCAUCAAGUCCUGGUUUGAGAGUCUCACAGGGCAGAAAUGGACAGGAAGUUGGACCAGCACCACCCCAAAGGGUGUGUGUGGGUGUUGUGGGUCUGAGUUGGAGUCCAUCCAGCUGACUGCUGAGGAGUACCAGCAGCUGAAAGACAGAGUGAUGACCGACAUCAUCCAGGGACGAGAUGUUUUCAACAAGACUACACCGGAGGAGUUGGAGAGGUUCAAGGCUUUUGUGAAGAGGAAGCCAGCGUUUGAUGUGGUCGUAGAUGGACUGAAUGUAGCAAAUAUCAACAAGGACAAAAGCAAGCUGUCAGAGACGUUGUUGGCGGUGGUGUCAGAGCUGGAGCGUCAAGGCCGGACUGUUCUGGUGUUGGGAAGGAAACACAUGCUGCGGCCCUCCAGAUCCUGGGAGAGACACAACAUGGACCUUAUCCGGCAGAAAGCUCAUUGCUUCUUCACUGACAACAUUUCGGAGGAUGACCCCUUCUUGCUGUAUGCUACUUUGCAUUCUGGGAACCACUGUCAGUUUGUGAGUAGGGACCUGAUGAGGGACCACAAAGCCUGCCUGCCAGACGGAGCCACCAGACGGCUCUUCUUCAAAUGGCAGAGAGGCCACCAGCUGGUAGUGGAUGGAUGCAUUGCAGCAGGCAGCAGAGUCCGAUUUCAGAGUAUUCCCAGCUAUGACACCAUUGUCCAGACUUCAACGGUCUCAUGGCACAUACCCUACGAUGACACAGAGGACAGGAGCACCUAUGAAGUACCACAACGGUGGCUCUGCAUCACCAAAAAGCACUGAACACACACACUCUUAACUCAUACGCUUUGAUGAUACCUGUGGACAUGUAAAUAAACAUUUACCACAAAUAA